UGCUCCCCAAGACAAGCCCAAAUCUGGGACCAUAAACAAACCGCACCCGAGCGGCCCAAAUCGGGAUCUGACGGCAAUUCCCCAAUUCGAUUCCAUCCCAUGGGUUGGCGUUGGCACGACGACGACGGUGACAGCGGCCGGGGCCUCGGCGGUGUCCCUGACCUCGCUGGUGGCGGGGGCGAUGGGGCGCAGUGCGCCACGCGACGGGUGGUGCAGUCCCGCUGCCACACGGAGGAAGUCGAGCCCGGCCGAUUUGUCCGCAAGUGCGAGAAGACGGAGCAGCUCCUCCGCGACUGCGUCGGCAGGCCCUCUGAACUGGUGGAAUCCAAAACUGAAAACACUGAAGAAGAUGUCACAGAAGAAAUGAAGAGCGGUUCACUUUCUCUUGGGUUUCCAAGAAACGAGCCCUUCGCAUUCCCUGGACUCCGCAGUGACAUGGAAGCCCUUGAGAAAGACUUCUUUGGGAGCCUAGGGAACGUCCUGGAUGAAGCUGAGCGGAUGGCCAACAGCUUCGUCAGAUCUUUUGGUUUUCCACCUGCUCAUGACAGCGGAUCAAGUCCAUUUCGAAGACAGCCUGCAGACAGGCAUAUUGAGGAAGAUACCGCAAAGAAUAAGACUGAGAGCGACUACUCAGAAUUCAGGAGCAAGAUUUCAGAUGUGUAAGCAGCUGUAGAGCUGCAGUUAUCUGGCCUGUGUCCACAGAGCUGAAACCUGAGAAGUGAGAGCUUUGCAAUCUCACGGUCCUUAUAUGUUUCUCUUUGGAACAAAAUAGGUACUUGCGGCCUGCAGGUGCUGUUUAGCCUCGCUUAGUAUGGUAAUCGUAAUGGUAGAUGAAGUGAUUUGCCUGUCAGAGGUGAGGAGUAUUAUCUGUUAUGUUCGGUUUUGCAGGGCCAUUUUGUACAGUACUUUUUGCAGACCCAGCAUUUGAAAUGUUUGCAUUCUUGCGCACAGGC